AUGUGCCUUUCGAAGAUCCCCUUCUUAGUUGCGGGUACGAUAGGGGCGUAUAUCACCCUAACGCCACCACAUCCCCAGGCGUCUCCAACGGAAUAUCCCAGGAACGUGACUGCGUACGAGCGCAUAUUAUUCUCAUCGGCAGCUCGAUUCUGUGCAGGUAACCUCAAGCUCCUCUCCGGCGUUGGGGGACUGCUCGAAAUAUGCGUUAUUUUGGCGAGCAGGUGGCCCACUCACCCGCUCUCGCGCAAGGUCUUGGAAGCCUUAGUGCCCGGCUCGCUCUACCGCACGAACAAGAUCGGGUACUCGGCUGCAUUCCUACUCGGCUGCAGCAUUGCUGUCAUAGCGGGAUUCGUCCGCUACAAGUGCUAUCGCGAACUCGAACGCCUCUACACAUUCGAACUCACGAUCCAGCAGGACCAUCGGCUCGUUACGACUGGACUAUACGCAUAUGUGCGCUACCUAAGCUACACGAGCGGCAUUGCGUGCUCUGUUGGCCUAGGUGUCUGCUUGGCUAGUUCUGGCUCGUGGUUGAAGGAGUGCGGAGUGUUGGAUACGUUCGCCGGAAAGUUCGCGGCGUGGCUGUAUGUGGGGUACACCUUGUGGGGAACGGUGGCAUUCGUGAUUCGUGCUCCCUUAGAGGACGCAUUGAUGAAGGAACAGUUUGGAGAAGAAUGGAACAAGUGGGCACAGAGAGUUCCAUACAGGCUGAUACCGUAUGUUUUCUAA